AUGAUCAAGGAGAAAGCAACAACCUUUCGAAACGACGCCCGUGCGCAAGAACAGAAAGGUGCGGGCGGUUCGAGGAGCAAGGGGACAGAUCUUCUGAGGUUUCCUGGGCGCCCGCCGUCUGAAGGCCGGCAGCCGGGAGAACAGGCAACCGACAAGCGCAUCUUAAACGCGGACCGUCAGCCGGCCAAUCCGUAUUUUUCGACGGCCAUCGAGGGCUGGAUCGAGACGACCAGGAAGUACAAGAAGACCGUUCCAAACUGGCCGCUCGACGACUCGCUUCUCCACCGGCACCUGUCCACCGCGCUGUUGGCGCAAUACGACUACUGGUGGAACUCGCUGUUUCUCCAGAUGGGCGCCUUCGCCGAGCCCCUCUUCUAUCCGGACGCCUCCAUGUCGGCCAGCUACGGAGGCCUGGGCUUCCUGGUCGCGAGAAACAUCUUCAAGGCCUUCGACUUCAAGCGGGGCUCCCGGCUGGACUCCCAACGCCAACGUCGCGACUGGAUGUCACCGGACAGCCGGGCGUCGUACGAGCGUAAGAUUGCGUGCACGGCAGGCAACGACGAGGUGCUGGCUCACGUCGCCGCGUUGGAGAUAGCUUUCACCGCUUUCUUCGGUUCGACGGCGGAGACAGGGAGCGGCGGGAAAGGCCAGCCCAAGAGCCAGCCCAAGAGCCACCUGUUUCCGGACCAAAGCGAGACCAUGUCUGCCGAGGUGGUCUUCUUCCUCGUCUACUGCCGCGCCUUGUGCGGCGAUCCGCUGGGUUGCGGAGACGUGCUGAAGCACGUGGCACACUUCGGUCGUGCAUUUCAGUGCCCCGAGAACUCGACGAUGACUUCACUGCCCGGGUGCACCUUCUUCGCGAACUGAGUGCGCAGGUUUUCACCGAAAGGACACGCAAGAGCUCCUUGUGCUGGUGUUCUUACCGUAACAUUCGGGUCAUACCACGAUAUCCCCACGUUUACACGAUACAAUCUUUCGUUUAGAUUAUUCUCUUUUUGGGCUUCAGUUCUUGGUUAAACGGUGCAG